CAGCGGCACCGCACCGCACUGCACGUACAACCAGAAGGUUAUGAGGAGGUUAUUUCGGCUCAGACUGCAGCAGGAUUCAUUCACACUGUAAGAAAAACGUCGGCCUGCUGCAGCUGUGAAGCAGCUCACCUGGGAACACUCACAAAGUGCCGUUUUGCACGCGGAAGGUUUUUUUUUUGUUUGUUUUGCACGGGUCUUUUGUUUUCUCCCUCUGUGCUGCAUCAAGGACAGAGAUAGCAGGGCGAUACGAGGAUCCAUGAGAGACGCUUUGAACAGGAUACCGCUUCAGUAUCACGGUUGUGUGGGGGUGCAGCCAUGGAUGCUGGGAGGCUGGAGCAGCAGGUGGCCAGUGUGGAGAGAGGCAUCGCCUUCCUGAAGCAGGAGCACCUGGCCAUGCUGACCGGUCUGCAGCUGGAGAUCACACACCUGAAGAGGCGCUGUCAUGAGCUGAGCUGUGAGCUGGACUCCAGGUUUCCUGACAGAAGCACAGAAGAGGAGGAAGCAGAGCUGGCAGCACGCUGUGAGGCUGUAGAGCGUCUCCUAGAGGACCAGCAGUGCAUGAUGGUCGCUGCACGUGGGGAGCUGCGGGCCGGCCGGGCACGGGCAUCAGCACUAGGAAGGAGCCUGAGGGACGAGGAACGACAUUUCCUAGAGGAACUGAAACGCCGCAGCCACAAGAUCACGCUGCUGAGUCGUGAGCUGCAACGCCAAAAUGUCACCACCACGACCCUCUGCCACGAGCUCCACACUGCACGCUUAAAACUGUUCCAGCAACGGCCGAGCACAGAGGCUGGUGCAGAGGGAGAGGUGGCAUCCAGAGGAAAGGAGGAAGAAGAGGAUGAUGAUGAUGAAGAAGGUGAGGAGGAUGAAGAUUAUGAAGGGGAGGGCUCAGACUGGCUUCUGUCUCCACCUCCUCCAGCCUCUCCCAGCCAACCAGAGGCAAGGCAUAGGAGGCGUGUCAGCGUGAGGGAGGAGAGGGUCAGAGCUUGCGUCCCGCAGGAGAGAGUGACAUCACCGCAGAGGCCACACCCCAUGCCUGACCCUGCCCUCUUCUUGGUGCCGCUCAGAUACCGCCUCCUUCGCUUGAACAAACCAAUCAGAACGCAGGAUGAGGAGGGGAUGGAGGAUGAGUGGGAGGAUAUAGAGGACAGCAGGGUGCACAGGAGGGUGGACAUGGGAGCAGGAGAGGGAGAAACCGCUCUGUGAUGAAGAUGAAAAAGAGAAAGUUGUCUUCCAGCAGGUCUCGGCCAAGAUCAACUGAUGCAGUUAUGCUAGAAAAAGCUUAAGAUGAGAGAGAUGUAACCUUGUGAUUGUCUGUAGAUUUCAGGAAGUAAAGUUAGAGAUUUAGAGAUAGUUGCACAAGAAUGUGAUCAAACCUAUACACAACAGCGUAUUAACUGAAUUCUUCACAUUGAUGGUACGACAUGUACUGUGAGAAUGUAAAGAAAUGAAGACUGAAUAGUGAUACUGUUUCAUAGGGAUGCCUUUUGAUUUUAACACUGUUGAUCACGGCUUUUGCCUGUAAUUAGUAGCCAUGCCUCUGGGUCUGUCAACACCUACACCGUGCUGCUUAACGUGGCGGCAACCUGCUUUUUCACUGCACUAGCUGCAUUCCAGGUUCAGACAGUCACUCCAGAAGGUUUAGGGACAUUUUGUAUGAUUUGCACUUUAUUAAAUUCAUGCAAUGUGCCUGAUGAUGGCAGAGCAGUA